CCUGUUUCAGCGUUGGUCUAUCACAUAUUUAUGCAAAACGAAUAUCCAGUGUUCGCUGCACUGAAAUCUAAAACCCUAACACCUUUCCCUCUCUCACAACGGGAAACAAGAGACAGACAGAGAUUAUAGAGCCAUUUCGCAGCUUAGAGCAAAACGCUAAUGGCUAAUGAACAAGAUAUGAGUAGCUGGACCGAUCUCCUCCACUCCUCCUCGAAGCUUCUCGAACAAGCUGCUCCUUCUGCUCAGUUCCCUCCUCUCCAGAGGAACUUAGAUCAGUUAGAAGCAUUAUCAAAGAAGCUCAAGGCAAAAACUUUAAGAACUGAAGCCCCUUCUCAAUCCAUUGCUGCAACAAGGCUUCUUGCACGUGAAGGAAUAAAUGCUGAGCAGCUUGCAAGGGAUCUUAAAUCUUUUGAAUUGAAGACAACAUUUGAAGAUGUAUUCCCUGCUGAGGCUACAAGCGUUGAAGAAUACUUGCAACAGGUUCAUGAAAUGGCAAUGGUUUCGGCCAUACAGGAAGCUCAGAAGGAUAACCUAAGAAGCUUUAAUGAUUACAUGAUGAAAGUUUUGGAGGAAGAUUGGCAAAAAGAGAAACGUGACUUUCUUCAGAGCUUGAGCCGGAUUUCAGCAUUGCCCAGGACUAAUGCAGUUAAUACAAGUACUGGUGCUAUUCGUUCAGGUCAAAUAGCAUCUGUGGCUUCCAGCCCUCAGGUUUCGUCUGGUCCGUCUGGCAUGGAGCUUGCAACUACAGCUAACAAGCCUAUCCUGGAGAGAAAAGCUUCAGCCUAUGCCGAAGUAGUGAAAAGUCUGAACAAUGCGAGAGAACGUGGCUUGCAAUUUAAACCUGCAACAGCCUUCAAGAGUGCUUAUGAAAGUUUGGGUAUUGAAGCUUCCAGUGGAAAAUCAGUUAACAUGCAGAAGAUAUGGCAUCUUGUUCAGACAUUGAUGGGUGAGAAUUCUACCAUUCAUCAGAAUCUUUCUAGAAAAAUGUCAUUAGUGAUUGGUGCAAGGCGCCAUCUAGAAUGGGGACAUGAAAAGUAUAUUAUGGAUACAAUACAAAGUCAUCCAGCACAGGCUGCCCUUGGUGGAGCUGUUGGGAAUUUACAAAGAAUUCGUGCGUUUCUUCGGAUUCGUUUAAGGGAUUAUGGAGUUCUAGAUUUUGAUGCAGGAGAUACACGUAGGCAACCUCCAGUUGAUACUACUUGGCAGCAGAUUUAUUUUUGCUUGAGAACUGGGUAUUAUGAUGAAGCAAGAAACGUUGCCCUCACGUCCCGUGCUUCACAGCAAUUUGCUUCUCUGCUUACAGAGUGGAUUAACGCUGGAGGAAUGGUGCCUGCGGAAAUUGCUGCUGUUGCUUCAGAAGAAUGUGAAAAAAUGUUAAGAAUGGUUGAUCGGGUGGGUCGAGCUGCAUAUGACAAGAAAAAGUUGUUACUCUAUGCUAUAGUAUCUGGUUCUAGGAGGCAAAUUGACCGCCUGCUGAGAGAUCUACCAACACUUUUCAAUACUAUAGAGGAUUUUUUGUGGUUCAAGUUAUCAGCUGUACGAGACUUCCAUGGCGAAACCUCAUCUGUGGUCCUGAAUGAAGGUUCAGUACCAUACAGUUUGGAUGAUUUACAGGCUUAUCUAAAUAAAUUUGAGCCAUCAUAUUAUACCAAAAAUGGGAAGGACCCUCUGGUUUACCCAUAUGUGUUGCUUUUAAGCAUCCAGUUGUUAAAAGCUGUCUUACAUUUGUCUAAGGAAGUUGCAAAUGAAGGAUAUGAUAUUGAUGCUGUCCACAUAUCAAUUGUGCUAGCAGACCAUGGGGUUCUUUCUGAAGUUGCUGGGGCUGGACAAAAACUAGGGGUCAUGGAUGCUUAUGCUGAAAUCUCUAGCAUUAUUAGGCAGUAUGGUUCUGCAUAUUUGCGUCAUGGCAAUCUGCCGGUGACAUUGGAAUAUUAUGCGCAAGCUGCUGCUGCAGUAGGGGGUGGAGAGUUGUCAUGGACUGGGAGAGGCAAUGUGGAUCAGCGGAGACAGAGAAGUUUGAUGCUGAAGCAACUCCUUACUGAGCUAUUGUUACGAGAUGGUGGUAUUUAUCUUUUACUUGGUCCACGUGGUAUUGGAGAAGAAGGUGAAUUGGUGCGGUUUUUGAAUGAUAUCAAUGUAAGACAACAAUUUCUGCUUGAAGCUGCUCGCCAGUGUCAGGAAACUGGACUCUAUGAUAAAUCCAUAGAAAUUCAGAAGAGGAUUGGAGCAUUCUCUGUGGCUCUAGAUACAAUUAAUAAGUGCCUGUCUGAGGCAAUCUGUGCCCUGUCACGCAGUAAAUUGGAUGGUGAGAGUCGGACUACUGGUCUCAUUCAUUCUGGCAAUGAGAUUUUGGAGACUUACAAGUACUAUCCUGAAGUCAGUCUUCAAGAGAGAGAGCAUGUUUUAGAGCAAGAAACUGUGUUGAGACAACUUGAAGCGAUUUUGUCUGUUCACAAACUGGCAAGACUGGGUCAUUAUCUUGAUGCUUUAAGGGAGGUUGCUAAAAUUCCCUUUCUUCCAUUAGAUCCACGAGUGCCAGAUGUCACUCUAGAUGCAUUUCAGAAUUUGUCUCCUCAUGUCCAAGCUUGUGUACCUGACUUUCUGAAGGUUGCUCUUACAUGUCUUGACAAUGUGACGGAUUCUGAUGGAUCACUUCGUGCCAUGAGAGCAAAGAUUGCGCAGUUUCUUGCUAACAAUAUGAAUAGAAAUUGGCCUCGCGAUUUGUAUGAAAAGGUUGCCCGAAGUCUGUGAAGGAGUUUCGGAUGCCCCUCUCUGGUGGCCAAGCAAAUUUUCUAGAUGUUUAGUUGAGAUUAUCAUACCUCUGAUUUUAUAAAGAAACAAAUCCAAAUUAUUCAACUGAAACGUGAUGACUGACUCCUUGUUAAGCAAGCAUCUUUGGUUUUGGAAUGAAUUUUUGGUAACUUUGUCCUCCAA